AUGAAGCUCUUCCAAGUCCUCGUCAUCGCCGCCCUCGCCGUUGCCGGCGUCUCCGGACAGGCCACUACAGCUACCACUGGUACGACUGGCACCACAGGCGCCAAUACCCCGGCAGUGACUCCCGCUACUGGAGCCACCGGUGUCGCCUCCUCCACUAGCGCCACUGCUGCACCCGACGCUAGCACCACUACAGCUGCAUCCAACACUGGCGCAACCACGGCUGCCUCUGGAACCGGCGGUACUGCCUCCACCGUCGGCACGACUGGCAGCACUACGACCGACACGUCGGUGGGCGCUUCGAGCUCGACUGGCUCGGUGGACGCGGGUAGCUCAACCACACCGACGACGGACUCGUCUUCGGAUCCUUCGACCACUGCGUCGUCGACCACGGGUGACUCGAGCUCUACGGCGGCUUCUGCUUCGGCCAGUGCUUCGGGAUCGAGCGGUGCGUCUCAGAUCACCAUGGGCGCGGCUGCUGCUACCGUCCUGGCCGUCGGCGCCUACUUCCUGUAA